AUAAUUCAUUAGUCAGAAUUCAUACUAAAACGUAAAAUGGUGACUGAAAGUGAAAACGUUACUAAAGUAAUGCCUUACGGCUUAGACGAUGUUUUGUCUGAGAAACAGAUCCAGCACAUCAUGAAACAAUGGGCCACUGAACAUAAUAUUGAAGCAGCCGAGGACUGGGUUCUAGAAGGCUCUGAAAUAAAACCAGCUACUGAAGGAAUAGCAGGUUUCCUUGGUGAUCAUAUAAGAGUAAAAUUGAUCGUGAGAAGAGGUGCGGAUAAGGAGGAAACAAUAUACCUGUUUGUGAAAAUGAUACCGAAGUGCAAUCAACCAAAAGCUAACUUCAUUGAUCAGAAUAACUUUUAUAGGCGGGAGAUGAUUAUGUACAAGAUGUUUGAAGAAUUGGGUGGAUCUAAUGGCCCUGAAGCAUGGCAUCCGAAAUGUUACAUAUGCAACGAGACAGUGGUGGUGAUGCCAGAUUUAGUGAUCGAAGGAUAUACACAGUGUCCGCCAUUAAUGUAUUUGGAUUAUGAACACACUUUUCUCACUGCGGCUUCAUUAGCGCGGUUCCACGCGUCGGUUGCUAACUACGAGACCAAAAGAAGCUUGUUACAGAAUCGCCCUUACAGCAUGAUUCAAGACUACGCUGAUACUAUGGCUGAGCCCAGUUUCAAAGACACACCAUGGCUCAGAGCAGCUGCUAAGCUCACAGUCAAUUUCUUGAAAGUGUUCUCUGUAAAGCAAAACAACAUCGAAAACCUUGAAAACCAACUUGUGAAGUUGUUUCUAGAAGCAUGUGACAGUUUCAAAGAAUACGAUAAUACACUAAACGUGGUGGCUCAUAAGGAUUUAUGGACCAACAACAUCAUGUUCUAUUACAAAGAUGGCAAGCCAGUGAAGUCUUUGCUGUUAGACUUCCAAUGCUUGCGGUACGGCCCACCAGGCUUUGAUGUCAUGACAUUCAUUUACCUCAACACAAGUGCCGCUUUCCGUCACACAUUCGAGCGCAGCUUGCUUCAGCAUUACUACGAUGUGUUUGACAAGACGGUGAAUGAGGACACAAAGAAAAGACUGCAGAAUUUGGGAUACACUUUUGAGGAGUUCUGUAAGUGGUGUGAAAAGGGUCGUAUGUUUGGUAUAUUGGAGGCAGUUGCAAUUUUUCCCUACACUUUGAUGGAGCCUAGAGCAGCUCAGGAAUGUUUUGAUAAUCCGAAAACGUACGAAUAUUAUUGUGACGUGGACCGCACGGCGCCCGUCGUGGGCCACGCUCACGAGAGUCGCAUUUACAAAGAAAGAAUAUUGGAGACGUGUGAAGAGUUCGUUCAAAGAUAUGUGUUAGACAAAUGAAGUCAGAGUCAUGUUGCUAGUUAAACAAAAUAUUCUGACUAUGUGACUAAUAUUUUUUUUAGAUUUUACUUUUAAUGUAGGUAACGGUG